AAAUAAAAUAAAAUCAUUUCCUCCCCCUCGUAUUUAUUAAUAAUCACAGCCACCCACCCACUCCAAUCCAUCCCCACUCCUCCUUCCUUCUUAUAAUUAACGCAGUAGCAUUCUCAAUUUCUCAUCAAUUUCCCCAACUUUCACUUUCUCUCUCCUCAGAAAAAAUUCAAAAAAAUGGAUUCUCAUUCUCAUUCAAAAUAUCAAAUUCAAGAUCAAGCUCUAACUCUCGGAUUAGGAAUCUCAUCAUCAUCAUCAUUACUCUCAUCAAAAACGAAACAGGUUCAGGUAUCGAUUCCGUCAGCAGCGACGUCAUCAUGUUAUCAUCAUCACGAGCCGUCUCUUACUCUCAGCUUAUCCGGCGAUACAUAUACGACAGAUACACCGAUUGCGACACCAGUGAAGGUGGUUGAGCCGCCAUGCAGUGGCGGUGGCGGUGUUAGUGUUGUGUCAGUGAAGAGAGAGAGGGAGUCUGCGUGUAGUUCUGAUGAUUUGGAAAUUGAGCGUGGUGGUGGAUCUUCUAGAAUUAGUGAUGAAGAUGAAGACGGUUCAGCUGGGCCCACUAAUACUCCGAGGAAGAAACUUCGUCUUACUCUUGAUCAAUCCGCUCUUCUUGAAGAGAGUUUUAAGCAACAGAGUACUCUCAAUCCGAAGCAAAAACUCGCUUUAGCUGACCGAUUAAACCUGCGACCACGCCAGGUCGAGGUCUGGUUCCAGAAUCGCCGAGCCAGGACCAAACUCAAGCAAACGGAAGUAGACUGCGAGCACCUAAGAAAAUGCUUCGAAACGCUAACGGACGAAAACAGAAGGCUUCAAAAGGAACUACAAGAACUAAAAGCGUUGAAAUUAGGACAACCCUUUUACAUGCACUUACCAACAGCUGCAGCAGCUGCCCUUACUAUGUGCCCUUCGUGUGAGAGGAUUGGUGCCAGUGUGCCUACUAUUCAAGGGACACCUACUACUACUAGUACUUCUACGACGACUAAUGCAUCUAAUAAGGGCACUCCUUUUACUCUUGGUCUUAGUAAAUCCCAUUUUUACCCCUCUCCUCAUCAAAUCCCCUCCUUUACUUGUUAAUUUUAAAAUUAGUGAAAUUUCCAACAAAAAAAAUAAAAAAUUAUAGUAUUAGUUAAGGUUUUAGAUUAUUUUUUCUAGUUUAUAUACGAAAUUAAACCCAAGAUUAAUUAGUUGAGCACACAAGCUAGCCUUUCUUACAGAUGUUUGUGAGCCGGGUCGGGCCGGGCCCACAUGAAUCUUUAGCUUAAUUAUAUUAAUUAAGGUUUUAGAUUAUUUUUAGUUUAUAUACGAAAUUAAACCCAAGAUUAAUUAGUUGAGCACACAACUACACAAGUCUGCCGUAAAGAUGGUUGUGAGCCGGAUCGGAUCGUGCUUUGGGCUGAGCCCACGGGCAUAUUUAGCUAGCCUGCCGUGGACCGAACUUUUUCUCGGUCCCGUAUCAAUUUUUUUUUUUUAUUUCCUUGUUUAUCUAGAUAGGAAAAAAAAAAUUCAGAAAGAAAGUAAUUUUUGUUAAAAAUGUAGAGAAAAAGUUUAGUGUAAAAAUUUUAACUUUUUUUUUUAAUUUUUUAAUAUACGGAAUAUUACUGAUGUAGGUGUGGGUCAUUUUCGUAAUUAUCUUUGUAAAUACUCCAUGAUCAUAAUGAAGAUAAUAUAUCCAUAUCAGAAAAUUAAUUA